UAAAAAUGACAGAAUAGCCAUAUAUAUGUUUACUCUAGGGUAUGCUAUAAAACAAUCUCACUUUCAACAGCUGAUGUGGCAUCCAUUUAGAUAUGUGUAUGUGUGUAUGCAUAUGUACAAAUACACAUGUACACAUACAUGUACAGAUAAAGAAAAGGAAGUCCACCAAAAUGUUUUCAGUGAUGGUUAUCAAUAUCUCUAGACAGUAGGAUCAUAAGCAUAUUUAAUUUCACCUUUAUGCUUUUCUGUGUUUUUCAAAUUUUAUACAAUGAUCAUUUUUUCUUUUAUAAUUCAAGUUCUUUCAACUGUAGCAAGACAGAAGAUGAGCGGUAUCAGGUGGAAAGGCUUAGUAAAAAGUGUUGUGACACAAAGAAAGAAAUUUUUUAAGGGAAGGGGCGGCCUUUUUUGCCCUUCAUUAAAGAAGACCAAAAAAAGGAUGAACUUCUACCAGAAUGGGAUAGUCACAAGUAGAAAAAGGAAUGAAUAAUGCUAUUGCUCAACCAUCAGAACUUCCCUCUUCUUCUCCCCUAAUCCCACCUAUUUUUUUUUUUCCUUUCUUUAGAAGAUUCCUGAGGUGACACCUGAGAUUUGAGCCCUUGAACUCCAUGGCACACUCAUCCUCUAGCAAUGAUGGAACUGACUCUACAGACUGCAGCUCUGAAUCAAACCUGAGCCUCUCUGUGGGCUAUUUCCCCUGUGAAGACACCUCCUACAAGAAAACCAUCUCCCGUGAAGACGUGUCUUCCAAGGGUCCUUCAAUCUUUGUCCCUCCUAUCCAAGGGACAUGGAGAACUGAAAGUACAGGCAGACUCCUGAGGAGACAAGACCAAAUUCAGGACGACCCAAAGCAGUUUUGCAAACUAAGCAUCACCCUGGCCUGGGACAUUGAUGUGGGUUCUAACAAUUCAGAUUCCAUAGUUAAUUGGGACAUAAAUGGAGUCAACUGGUGGGUAGACAAGUACCCUGAAGAGAACACACAACUGACUCUCAGCAAACUGGACGGUCUUGUGCAAAAGCUUGAGAAACUUCUGGAAAAUCAGAAAGAUGAUGAUGAUGGCUCUGCAUUCCCUGAAUCUGCUCAGGAGGAAGAUUUCCAAUUGUUCAGCAGCUCCCCUCCAGAUAGAGCUCAGGUCAGUCAUCAAGAACAUGAUACUUGCCAAGACUUGCCCAACCCCUGCCAACGCAGAGGUACCAUGCAGUUUCCACAGAUUCCUCUAAGACUUCAGGAACACGAACUUACUGAGAUGACAAACCAGGCAACUCACAGCCAAAGGACAAGCACUCUAGACACCUCCUCAGUCUCAUCGGGUCAGCCAGAGAAGCCAGAGAAGGAGGGUGCUCAUGCCAGCACACAGGCCAUCUCCUGUGUGAACCUGAGGUGGGUUUUCCACUGGCUGAGGGAGCAAAUCCUCUCCUCACUUCUCGGGAGACAACACCCGGAGGAGGCCACUGAGCACCCCCAUCAGCGGGCACGAAAGAAAAGACUCUCUCACAGAGGCAAGAGAAUCCAACCCCAAGAUUCCCUCGAAUUAGGACACCCUCUAUUGCCAGAUAACCUCUAUUCUACAAUCUCCAAGAGUUAAUUGUUUUCCAGUAAACACAUGUUCUUAUUA